ACCACCUAAAAGCGUUUAACAAUUAAUCAUGUCAAUCGAAAUAGAAUCAGCAGACGUUAUUCGUCUAAUUCAACAAUAUCUGAAGGAAUCAAAUCUUCUUAAAACGCUACAAACUUUACAAGAGGAAACUGGCGUCUCGCUCAACACAGUAGACAGCGUCGACGGCUUUGUGCAGGACAUAUCGAAUGGACACUGGGACACAGUACUCAAAGUAACACAAUCGUUAAAGCUGCCCGACAAAAAGCUUCUCAAUCUGUAUGAGCAAAUUGUCUUGGAAUUAAUAGAGCUGCGAGAAUUGGGUGCCGCCCGUUCUCUACUCCGCCAAACGGACCCGAUGAGCAUGUUGAAACAGCAUGAGCCCGAGCGGUACAUACAUCUAGAGAACAUGUUGCAGCGUGCGUAUUUUGAUCCCCGCGAGGCCUAUGCGGAGGGCAGCAGUAAGGAGAAGCGGCGCACGGCUAUUGCCCAGGAGUUGAGUGGCGAGGUGCACGUGGUGCCCUCGUCAAGGCUGUUGGCGUUGCUUGGCCAGGCGCUCAAAUGGCAACAACAUCAAGGUCUUCUUCCGCCCGGCACCACCAUCGAUUUGUUCCGCGGUAAAGCAGCCAUGAAAGAUCAAGAGGAGGAAAUGUAUCCCACGCAGCUGUUCCGACAAAUCAAGUUCGGUGAAAAGUCACAUGUAGAGUGCGCACAGUUUUCACCAGAUGGACAGUAUCUGAUAACAGGCAGUGUAGAUGGCUUUUUAGAAGUUUGGAAUUUUACCACAGGCAAAGUACGUAAAGAUUUGAAAUACCAGGCGCAGGACCAGUUCAUGAUGAUGGAGCAAGCCGUGCUGGCAUUAACCUUCUCGCGUGAUUCCGAGAUGGUUGCAUCUGGCGCUCAGGAUGGCCAGGUAAAGGUAUGGCGCAUCAUCACCGGUCAAUGUCUGCGUAAGUUCGAAAAAGCACACACCAAAGGCAUCACCUGUCUGCAGUUCUCCCGCGAUAACAGCCAAGUGCUCAGUGCCUCCUUUGACUACACUGUGCGGCUGCAUGGUCUCAAGUCGGGUAAAAUGCUUAAGGAGUUUAAGGGCCACACCUCAUUUGUCAACGAGACAACAUUUACACCGGAUGGCCACAGUGUCCUAAGUGCAUCCUCUGACGGCACCGUCAAGGUCUGGUCACUUAAGACCACUGAAUGCGUAGCUACAUAUAAACCAUUAGGCAACGAGCUGGCCGUCAACACAGUGCUUAUAUUGCCCAAGAAUCCGGAACAUUUCAUCGUCUGCAAUAGAUCUAACACGGUUGUCAUUAUGAACAUGCAGGGGCAAAUUGUACGAUCGUUCUCAUCGGGUAAACGCGAGGGCGGUGCCUUUAUCUCAGCAACCCUUUCUCCCCGAGGCGAAUUCAUUUACUGCGCUGGCGAAGAUCAAGUGCUAUAUUGUUUCUCGGUCUCCUCAGGCAAGCUGGAGCGUACUCUAAAUGUACACGAGAAAGACGUCAUUGGCCUAACACAUCAUCCACAUCAGAAUCUUCUGGCCAGUUAUAGUGAAGACGGCCUGCUAAAGUUAUGGAAGCCCUAAUUUACAUAAGCGUUCAUCCACUGGUCAUAUACUAAGUUUUAUUUAGUAGCAAUAGAGUUUACCUAUCAAAAUAUAUGUAUCUAAUUGAACUGCCCUUUAA